AUGUCACGAAAACCAUGGCACACUCGGUGGAAGUCCAUCAGCAGCACGGUUCCUCUGCCUGACGAUGAACUCUCUGUUGCGUGGACAGCAGUGGGCCCGGCAAAGGAGCACUUGGCUCAGGAACUAGAGAAGCUAUACUGGGAAGGCGCGCGAGAGGAGAUUGAAAACAUCAUCCGUACGCUGAAGGUAUGGCAGAGCCCAGAAUACGCCAGUGUCGACGUGGCAGAUGAAGGCGAUGAUCCAAUUCAUGGGUACGACACGUUCGUCGACCAGGUUAGCCAGCAGGCGCGCGCGUUUGCCCUUCGAUACCGCGAGGAGCGAGCUGCCAAUAGUGGACAACCGAUAACGAGGAUCAUAGACAACGAACAAGCGAUCCGCAACCUGACACUCGACGUUAUCGCGGAGAAGAGUAGCGCUAGAGUCAAAGCUGAAGUACGAGAUAAGAUGACCUACAUUCCGAAGCGCGACAAAUUUGAAGAACAGGCAUGGCUAUUGCUGCAAUGCGCCGGGUUCCUGGACAUAGACAUAAUGAUCGAAGACAGUCCAACCCAGCCGAAGCCGCGGAAAGUGCCUGGUGUGCCGCAACUGAUGGCGCAAAGCAAGGGUAAACGCAUCGAGAUUAGAGUCCUGAAAUGUGUUCGAUGCCACAGCCCCAUCACGGGCAGCAUGUUUACCAGCAAAAAGGAAACAUUUGCGACGUCUACCAUCUGCGAAGACUGCUAUUGGGCGCAUCAUUACGGCGAUACGUCAUACGUGAAACAGUAUAAACACUCUAUCGUGGACGAUGCGGUCAGGCUCGCUGAGGAGCAGGGGCUCUGCAAGUGCCCCCCUGAAGUUGUCGCAACAGCGUCUUCCCGUAACAUCAAAGGCCACAAUCAUUUUUCCGGUUCAGGAAAGCCGUGCCCAGUUCUUGGUAUCGAAGCCCAGAUUGCCGAGGCAAAGUAUGAAGGGCUCCUCGCAACGGCUGGUGUUGAACCCCCGCUGGGGAAACAGUCGACCAUGUCCCGGAUGGUUGGGAGGGUGAAGAAGCGAUCGACCUCUACUGCUGGCAAGACGACAAUUCCCAAUCCAAAUAAUGUCAAUUCGAAUUCAUAUUUUCAUAGCUCGCUUGGGAGAGCGAAGGCCGAUGAGGACGUUCCUCCGUUCUUUCGGGAAUGUGUUGACAAGGACCCAUUUGACUUCGUGCACAUGAGCAUGCGCGUUGGGCCUGUUCUGAUCGAGCAUUGUUCAAAGAACGGUGUCUUGAUAUCACUGAAGGACUUGCCGACAUUUCACGAGCGGUCUACCACUCGAGCCUCGCAGCGCACCCUUCGCAUGGACCGAGACUCAGCGAGGCAGCUCUGGGAGCGCGAGCAAACGAGAAGCAAGCCAAAACGAUAUAAGCUUGGGAUGAAGCAGGUUGUCGGAGCACCAUUCUCUGGCCUACUGGAAGGAACUGAGGAGCAGCAGACGGAGGAGGAAAUUGUCAAGCUUAUCUUGGCGGCUGUGGAUGCCCUUGAUCUGGACGGAUCGAGCGGGGAACAGAGCGACGCACUUGAAGUCAGCGUGUCCGUUAUACUCAACGCGCUCAAGGUGCUUCUGGGAUGCCGACUGAAGGUUUACCUAGGUGCGAUUUGCGAGAAGCUUGUCAACCAGCAUUCGGCCCCGGAAAAGCCAGCCAACUGCGUCACUUUUUGUUUCUCCCUACUUGAUCCGGCAAUCUUCAGUCCCCUUGUUCGUGGUCCCGCGGUCCUCGACUCAGACGACCCCUUGUAUCUCAUGAGCUUUCUGUGUCCGAGCGCGACGGAGUAUCCGGACCAUCGGAUUUUGACUAAGUACGACGUUCCGUACGGCCUCACGGAGGAGUACCUGCAUCGGUACUACUUCGGGCGUUUCAAAGAUGGAGACAUCAUCGACUCGCUGCAAGAGUACUGGCAUGACUGGGGUUCGUUCUCCGGAGGCCCGCUGUACAAACACCAAGAGAUCUUUCCGUGGGACUGCUCGGAAGCCUGGAAGCGUUGCCCAACGAAGUGCGGCGACUGCAAUAUUGCGAAACACGUAUGGGGUUCGCCAUUCGACAGCUGGUCCGUUAUCACUCUCCACCUGCAGCGUGAGCGGCACUUGUACCCUCCGGGCGGCGCAAUGAUGGAGUGGAUAAAAUCGCGCCAGUCCCUCCUCGCCGCUUCCUCCGCUCUCAGCCGCGUGGCGACAGCGAUGGCUCUAUCUCCCCGGUUCGUCAAAGCGUCCGCCUGGCUGUCCGGUGGCAGCAGCCUCCUUCAAAAAUACCCUUCCCUAGCCCGCGUCAGGUUAGGCGGGAUCCACCGUGCUCAACCUUGGAGUCACUAUCAUGAGCUAGGCGCCGACGAGCUCUACUUCCUCGCAGAAUGGGCGAUGUCAGAGCACGCUGAGCAACAGGCCGCAUAUGAGAAACUCCGCGACGCCCGUAUGAGAAUCACCGAUGUCCCUUGGCAGACCGCCGGCACCCCUCGGUAUAAGCAAGAGCUUAUCUCGCGCGACGUCACAUCCGGAUAUGUCGGUUUCCAAGGCCUACGGUGGGAGCACAGACCUCUUGCCGACUCGGGAGCGAACUAUUAUCCGUAUUACUUUGCUUUGACGGACGCCGCUUCUUCAGAUGCUUAUCAGUGUACGGAUGGCCAGUUUCAGAAGACGGAUCAAGCAGCUGGAGACGACGAUGCCGUGCACGGAGUUGCGUAUAAUUGCGGUUCGGCAUGCGGCGCCAGUACUGCGGCUGGUGCGCUGUCAUAUAGUGCUCACUCAUAUGGGUAUAGCCAUACUGGCGGCGGUGGUUCGAGUGGUGGAUAUGGGGGAGGAUAUAGUGGUGGUGGAAGCGGCGGCGGAGGAGGCAGCGGAGGAGGCGGAGGGAGCGGUGGUGGUGGAGGCGGAAGCGGCGGCGGUUGUUAA